GUUCUAUUUUUCGGGGCCAUCACCACCGAUUAAUAUGUCAACAUAUAACUUUUUUUGUUUUCUUCUACCAAUAACAAUUUUUUCUAUAUUCUCAUUUUCACCACCUAAUUCAAUUUUUCGUAAAUCGAUAUUAAUAUUAUCAAAUUUAUCACUAUUUUCAUUUCCUUUAAUAUUUUCAAAUAGAUAUGCUGCCACUUUUCAGAUUCCAAUUGCGUUAUUUUCGUUCAUUUAUAGUUGUAAAAUGCUUAUUUGGUUGAAGAAAUCUUUAAAUGAUCCAAGUUAUAUAAAACCAUUCGUAUGGUCAUUAUUUUAUUGGAGAGCGAAAGAAGGAAAUAUUCCAAUUAUGAGACAAGAUGAUCUUUUGAAACAAGGAAUUACAAAAGAUCGUCUUGAAUCAUACAUUAAUCGUCAUUAUAUAAUAUAUCUUUGUGUUUGGAUACUUUAUAUGAUUUGUGCGCAAUUCUCAGAAUUAUUUGUUCCUGAUAUUCCAAAAACUUCUUUUCCUAUCAGAGUGAUAGAGUAUUUCUUUUAUGAUGGACCUCCAUUCACCUCUUUAUUUAACCUAUUUUAUUGUUAUAUUUACGCUGGCGCAUUAUUUUUUUCAAUAAAUUACCUUUAUGAAGUAAUAAUCCUUUCAUCUGCUCACUUAUUGAAGUACAUUUAUUCAACACCCAAUUCUUUUUUACAUAGAACAUUAACUAAUGAUCAAUUGAAUUCUUUAAAAUUAUGGUUAAUUUCUUUACUUUUUUAUUCAAAACCAAUUUUUAAUCAACCUUAUCUUUCUGAAAAUCCAAGAGAGUUAUGGAGUAUUAGAUGGCAUCAAAUGUUUCAUGAAAUUUUUGUUGAAUUAGGUUAUAAACCUGCUUGUUAUCUUUUUUCUUCUUUUCCCGCUAAAUUACAAAAAAUAUUUGGUACAUUGGCUUCUUUUGCCAUUAGUGGUAUAUUACAUGAAUAUAUUUUAUAUUCUUCAAGUAGAUAUCUUACUUUAGAACAAUUUACCUACUUUUUGUUCAAUGCUAUAGUUAUGAUGAUUUGGGAAUCUUUUUCGAAAUUUAGAUUAGACCAAGGUCAAAAAUUUUUAUGGAAGAGAAUUAGAGAUAGUCUAUUUAUGACAGUUUUUGUUCUUUUUACUCUUCCUUGGUUCAUUGAACCUUAUAUAAAAUGUGAACAUUAUCAUUCUUUGAUGCAUUUUAUCUGUAGAAAAAUUUAAAAAAUUUUAUAUUUCAUUAAAUAAUUUACAAUUAAAAUAAAUUGACAGUCUAG